AGUUUGUUGUGCCUUCCACUGGAUACGAGCAUAAUGAAAAUUGACUUUAGCAACGCUAAGCCUUACUAGAGCCAAUUCAGUAAUCAAACAUAAACGCUAGUGAAGUGGUUGGUCGCCGCUUACAUGUUAUUCCGCGUCGUCCAACCGAAACGAAACUCAAAAAGAAAAUACCCCGAAAAGUGAAACAAAAACCCCGGCACGUUUCCUUGGCACAUUGGUUGUGUGAAUUUCGUUUUUAUUAUUUUUUCUUUUGAUUUUCGUCGAAAGAAAAAAGAGACUCAAAACAAAAAUAUCAACACAACCUACAACACCCAAUAAUACCGCCACUCCAGUAGUAUUUGUUUGGUUGGUGGAAAAUUCAAAACGCGUUAAACGAUAACAACGGUGGCAAAUUUAAAGUCCCUGUGUGAUUUUCUGCAAAACAACGGCGGUUGAAUGAACGGCGGGAUUAGUUCGUAAUUUAGUUACAACAACGACAGCCGGUGCGUGUUAGUAGAAAAGAAGCAGCAAAAAAAUAGAAUAAAAUUAUAAAGCAAUAAAUUUCGAUAGUGUUGAGUGAGUGCGUGUAAACGACAGAGAACGAACGAGCGAACGGCGGCGUGUGUGUCAGUCUCAAUUCGUGUUAAGGGUGUGCUCAUUCAUUUAAUUCAAUUUCCAUUUAAAAAUACAAAAUUCAUUCAAUAAUUCAUGUUUUUUUUUUCGAAAAUUAGCCAUUUAAGAAAGCCCAAUAGUGGAUAUUGAAUAGCCACAAAAGCAAAGCAAAAUAAAGAAUAAAAAUUUGCCUACAUUUGCUAAUUCAGUGAUAGUUUGUUCUUGGCAUGGUCCCCGUGUUGUGAUAGUUUCUCGGCGUGGUUCCAAUUUGACAGGGCGCAUGUGCGUUACACAUCAUCGACGAAAGCAAAGCAAAUCAUCUAACAACACUAGAAGUGCAGGGCUGAAGUGGUCAACAAUAAAAAAGUGCAUUUCAAAACAAAAUCUGAUCCAAGAUUCCAAAGCCUCUUUUUUUUUGCAUUUUGCAUACAAAAAGAAAGUGAUAAAAAAGAAAAAAUUAAUAAAAUAAUUGCUUAGCUUAAGUAAAACGCAUUUAAAUCACACAAAAGGAGCAAGAUAUUCAUGCAUUCAUUCAUUCGUUUAUAAAGAAAAUUAAUUUCUUUGUUCUACCAUUUUCGUCACAAAGGCCAACGGUUUAUUUUUUAAACAAACAAAGCAACAAAUCAUCAUCAACGCCAACCAUCUUCAUACGAAUCAAUCUGCGUGUUUUCCAUUUUGUUGUUGAAUACAAAAAACCACCGUCAAGUGUCUUAAAAAGUCUCACAAAGAAAAAGCUAAAAAAAUUUAAUUCCAGUGUUUAAAAUUCAAGAGAAAAAUUACACCCAAUUAUUCUCCAAAAUUUUAUUUGUUUUAUUUAAAUAAAAUCUCAAAAUUGCCACCAAAAUGUCGUCAACUGUCGCCCUGGUAUUGCUGUUCUUAUUACAAAGUGUUUUGAUUCACUCAAAACCUCUUAUGGAAUAUUCAGCCAGACAUAUGAAACAUCAAACUAAAUCUGAAUCAGCUGUUACGGAAGAUAAUCUGUACAACUACUUAAUGGAGUUUGAUUAUCUACCAAAGUCAGACUUUGAAACGGGAGCUUUAAGGACUGAAGAACAAUUCAAGGAAGCGAUUAAAAAUUUACAGCGUUUUGGCAAUAUUCCAGUGACCGGUCAACUCGAUAACGAAACCAAAAAGCUCAUCAAACGACCACGUUGCGGUGUCGGCGAUAGUAAGCAGACGUUAUCAUUUUCACCGGACAACUUGCAUCAUGGACGUAUGAAGCGGUAUGUGCUGCAGGGACCCAAAUGGGAUAAAACUGAUUUAACAUGGAGGUAA